GUCGUAUAACCUCUCAAAGGUCUCAUAUCUCUGUACCGAUUUUAAAUUGGAUUUUGGUUAUGUUGAAAUAAGCUAUUUGUAUGAGUAAAAUAUAGAAUAAACUUUAGGCUGCAUUGUAUAGUAUUAAUCAUGGAUUACAAUUAUGAACAGACAAGUGAAGUGGAGGCAUUAGACUCGAUAUACUAUGGGGAUAUGCAAAUUUUACAGACAGAACCAAUGCACAAGUUUAGCAUACCUAUUAAAUCGGAAGAGUAUGAUGAUGGUGAAGGAUUAGCAUGUCAGUUGGUGUUCACAUACACGUUAAAGUAUCCAGAAGAUUUACCCUUAGUAGAAAUAAUUACGGAUGAAAGUUUUGAUGAAAUUGUUGACAAGACUGAACUGUACAAUCAUCUAAUGGAACAAGCUCAAGAAAAUCUCGGUAUGGUCAUGGUUUUUACACUAGUAUCUGCAGGUCAGGAAUGGCUUAAUGUGAAAUGGGACAGUAUCAAAAAAGAAAGAGAAGAAGAAGUUCUCGCUAAAAAGAAGGCAGAUGAAGAAGCAGAACAGAAAAGAUUUGAAGGAACAAGAGUGACUGUAGAAUCUUUCCUAGCAUGGAGAAAGCAGUUUGAGAUAGAUAUGGGUAUACCAGCAAAGAGAGAAAAGGAAGGAAAAGAUAAGAAUAAAUUAACAGGCAAAGAAUUGUUCUUGAGAGACACUACUCUCAAUGAGUCUGAUCUCAAAUUCCUUGAUGAUGGCGAUGCUGUAAAAGUUGAUGAGUCGCUUUUCCAAGAUUUGGAUGAUUUAGAAAUUUCCGAAGAAGAUGACGAGGAUGAUGAAGAUUAUGUUCCAGGGCAGAGCAGCGACAGUGAUUAACAAAAGAUUUUGUGCUUAAAUUAGCACCAGCUUUAUUAACAUGGCUCUAAAAAAUUCCCACUUUUGUUGGAAUAUUGUUAAUAACUUCUGAAGUAAAAUAAAUUCGGUGCAUGUAUUUACAGCAUACAUACCCAACAUGCACCUAAAAAUAAAGAUAAUGAAAAGUUUAAAUGAUUAGGGGUUGUUUAUUUAUUACAUUUGCGAUUUUGUUUAGAUUGAUAUCAUAAAAUACAUUCACUGAAGAUGGCAGGAUAGCUGUUUCUAUCGUCUUAGUAUUUCAUUUUAUUGCAAGAAAUAGUUUACCAACUAAUGUCAACAAAACUUCAGGUAAAAUAUACUUAAAUUAAGACUACAGUACUGCAUUAUUAUUAAAAUUAUUUUGCCGUUUAACAAUAUGUUUAUCAUGAAAAUUUAUGAAAACACAACAAAUAAAGCCUUUGUGCCGUACUUCGGCCCAUAGAGCAUAGGUACCAUUAGGGAUACUUUUGAGAUGUGGAUUCAUUGAAAAAAAAAAAUUAAAAUAACCUAAUAUUCUUAUAAUAAUUCUGAUGCGUACAUAACUACAACAAAUAAACUUUUAUUUUAUAAAGUUAAGUAAUCAUUUGUUUAAAGCAGUGGGCGGCGUGACGCCAUCUUUAUUACCAAACAAAAAUACGCGGGAAUUUUAAUAUAUUAUGCUUACAAUAAAUGGUGGAUGGACCACAUCGUAAAUAUAGCAAUAGCAUACUUAGGUAAUAAAUCUCUUUUGUAAUAUUAAUUAUUAAAAUGUAUAUAAACAAAUGAA